UGAUAAGAUAUUAAUGGUUUGAAACAUUAUAUGCUAUUACCUGGGAGGAGGAGGAAGAGGAAGAAGGAGAAGGAGAGAUGAGUGGUGGAGGAAGUGAAGAGGGAGAUUCAUUAGAAUUCACACCCACUUGGGUUGUUGCUGCUGUGUGCACUGUGAUUGUUGCCAUUUCUUUAGCUGCUGAAAGAUUUCUCCAUUAUGGGGGCAAAUAUCUUAAGAUGAAGAACCAGAAACCCCUCUUUGAAGCCCUCCAAAAAGUUAAAGAAGAGUUGAUGCUUCUGGGUUUCAUAUCUUUGUUAUUGACAGUGUCUCAGGGCACAAUCUCUAAAAUCUGUGUACCUGAGCAUGUGAUUACUAAUAUGCUUCCUUGUGAUCUCUCCGAAAAAAGAAAAGGAGGAGAAGAAUCUAAUACUACAGCUACAACCGAACAUUUUCAGAGGUUCUUUACUACUGGCAUUUCUGGCACUGCCAGGCGCCUACUGGCUGAAUCCACUGAGUCCCAGAUUGGUUACUGUGCGAAGAAGGGUAAGGUGCCAUUGUUAUCUAUAGAAGCACUACACCAUCUACACAUCUUUAUCUUUGUCCUAGCCAUUGUCCAUGUCACUUUCAGUGUACUCACAAUUGUGUUUGGAGGGGCAAGGAUUCGUCAAUGGCAACAUUGGGAGAAUUCAAUUGCAAAAGAUCGAUAUGAUACAGAUGAACUUCUUAAAAAGAAGGUCACCCAUGUCCAUCAACAUACAUUUAUCCAGGAGCAUUUUCUGGGCAUUGGUAAAGAAUCAGCUCUGCUGGGGUGGGUGCAUUCCUUUUUCAAACAAUUCUAUGCAUGUGUAACAAAAUCAGAUUACGUAACUCUGCGACUCGGUUUCAUCACGACACAUUGCAGAGGAAAUCCCAAAUUUAAUUUUCACAGAUACAUGGUGCGUGCCCUUGAAGAUGACUUUAAGACAGUUGUUGGUAUAAGUUGGUAUCUUUGGAUAUUUGUGGUUGUCUUCUUAUUGCUGAAUGUUAAUGGUUGGCAUACAUAUUUCUGGAUAGCCUUCAUUCCUUUCAUUCUUCUACUUGCUGUGGGAACCAAGCUGGAGCAUGUAAUCACCCAGUUGGCUCGUGAUGUUGCUGAGAAACAUGUAGCCAUAGAAGGGGACUUAGUAGUUAAACCAUCAGAUGAACAUUUUUGGUUCAACCGACCUGAUAUCGUCCUGUUCUUGAUCCAUUUCAUCCUCUUCCAAAAUGCUUUUGAGAUUGCAUUUUUCUUCUGGAUAUGGGUUCAAUAUGGCUUUGACUCGUGCAUAAUGGGACAAGUCCGGUACAUUGUCCCCAGGCUAAUUAUUGGGGUUAUCAUUCAGGUACUCUGCAGUUACAGCACCCUUCCACUUUAUGCCAUUGUCACACAGAUGGGAAGUUCUUACAAGAAAGCAAUAUUCGAGGAGCACGUCCAAGCUGGCCUUGUUGGUUGGGCCGAGAAGGUGAAGAGAAAGAAAGGCCUAAAAGCAGCAGCAGCAGCAGCAGCAGCAAAAGAAGGACCUAACCAGUCAAGUUCUCAUGACAGUUCUCUGGGAAUUCAACUUGGAAGAAUCGGGCGUAACGGCUCUGCUCCUCAGGAGAUCCAACCUUCAGCUGGUUCUGAGGGACAAACAUAGCUAGUUUAUUUACAGCAUCAGUCAGUAGUAAUAUGCAGUCUCCAUAGAAUUGUCCGGUAGGCCGUAAAUCUGUUUAUAAGCAUUGCGUAUUAAGCUUUGUGUGCUUUGGCUCUUGGCCAUAGAUGAGUGUAUUAUGGAGCAUAGCAUAGGUUUAAUUGCAGGCUGAAUCUAAUUUCUUCCCUAUUGUGAAAGGGAUUGGGAUUUCUACCUGUAAUCAUAACUUGCUUGUACUUGUUUAUAGUGUGAUGAAGCCAAAUUUCUAAUGCAAAUUUAAAAAAAAUAAACUUUUUUGUUUCUGUUA